ACCUACUACUACUCCGAAAGAUGUAAACAAAACAAUAAUGAAUGUCAACGAUGUAAACAAAACAGAAUGAAUGUCAGGAUCUGCAAUAGGAAUCAUAUUAGCCUUAAAUCACUAUUGAUAGCUCAUCUAAUUUUCGAAUUUAGUCAUAAUGUAAAAGGAGAUUAUUUCACUGUGAAUUGGACUGAAGCCAGUGAUGUUGGAAUGAAAACAGAGACUCAUUACCAAGAUCCUUCUGUGACACCUCUUGCACCAUGUCCCUGUGAUCUCACAUCUUAUCAGUGUGAUGCACGUUGUUGCUGUGACAAAGAUUGUUCAGAAAUUGAUAAAGACCUAUUUACAUGUCUAGAAGGCAUAGAAGGUGGUCAGCAGACUCCACAAGAUUUUGAUUACAAUUGUAUUACAUGGGACCCUAUUCUCCUGAAUGGCAUAGCCUUUUGUGCUACAAAUCACUAA